AGAAGAAAGAGUAAACCUAAAAGAGCAACAGAGGAAUCACUUCAGCAGAUAUCAUCCUCUACAUCAGCUCCUCAAGAGAAGGACUACCGUCAGCGUUGCAGAAGUGAAAAUGAAGUUGGCUCGUGUGGCUCUCGCUGCUGCAGUCGUCAUCGCAUGCGUCUGCAUCCUCCAGACCGCAGCCGGUCCCUUCACACAGCAGACUGAAGAUGAGCAUCAUGUGGAGAGUGAUACACCACUGACAGAAACACCACAGGAACAAACAAAUCCCCUGGCAUUCUUCAGGGUGAAACGGCAAAGCCAUCUGUCCCUGUGCAGAUACUGCUGCAACUGCUGCCGCAACAAAGGCUGUGGAUACUGCUGCAAAUUCUGAUCCUGCGGGCGUUUUACCGAGUCC